AUGGACUACAGAAGCGGCUACAACAUCGCCCGCACUGGCACCAACAGCCAGGGCAACCCCUGGUGCAACCGCGACUACGGCAAUGGCUCCAACAGCUACCACUACUCCAACUCGUUAGUAUACUAUUUCCUGUUCUCACCUAUUUUUGCCAUCUCCAGAUUGAGGACUAAUGCUUGA